CCUUAUAAGGUUCGUGGCACGUUUGAUACUCUGCGUUUUAUCAUGCUGGGGUGUCUUGAAGCAGUCAAAGAUCUUUGACCAGUCGACCCUUGAUUGGCAUGUUGCUCUAUCAUGGCGCUGUUGCUGAAGGCCUGAUGAGUCAUGUUGACCCUGAUUGUAAUUGUUAUAUAUUCUGCCUACCAGGCGCAGCGCCGUGCUCGAUACUAGUGCCUCCAUACGACUCUCUCUUAAACAUGGAUUCACCAACCUUUGUUCAUCUCUCAACCAUGCUCCAGUUCCAGAACUAUUCUUUCGCAUCACUAGUGGCUUCUUGGGUCUACGAUUGUUUCCUAAUCUUGGACCAGGAGGUAUCUUUGAUUCAUCGGCCACGGUGGAGCAAAGGAAGUAUUCUUUAUAUCGUGACGAGAUACAUGCCAGCCUUGAUGCUCUCUGUACACUUAUGCAUGAACUAUCUCCCGAAUGAAAACUUUGUGACUUGUAAACUUCUACAGUCAAUGUGGUAUUGUACUGCUGCAUUGUGCAUGACUGGUGCAGAAGGUAUCUUCAUCCUUCGUACCUAUGCAUUAUGGGGACAAAAGAAAUCCAUUAUGGGCCUUAUGUUGUCAACUGCACUCUCCCUAAUAAUCUUGAACAUGGUAAUAGCGUUGAAGGUUUGGAAGGAGUCGAAACAGAUCAUAGUACUCACCAUGAUUCGUGUAUAUUUGGCAUACCGCGAAAGAAGGUGUCGGCUGCUCAAUAUCCUUCUACAACACAACAUCUUUUACUUCGGAACUGGGCUAACACUAUCUGUGCUCAAUCUUCUAGCCAUUGAAUGGCUACCGUUCAACUCCUCAAAUACGUUUGUAACAUUUCAAAUCGUCAUGCAUACGAUCCUCGUGACUCGGAUGCACCUACGGUUUUGCAAGACUGUUCGCGACUCCCCUGAGCUCGGAACCACAUCACACUCUCAAUUGACAGAUAUUGAACUUCAGACGCGUUCGCAUUCGAAUACAUGAUGAUUCGAUGCAAUCUGUACAUUUCAUUUCCAUUCUGACAUUUUUUUCUGUUGUGUUGCAACGAAUCCAAGCUGUUGUUGGGCCAUCAGGAA